AUGUUUAAGCGCUCAAAAUCCAACAAGAACACCACCAACGCCGGAGGAGGAGGAUUAGGAGGACAAGGCUCGGCGGCGAAUGCUAAUAAAAAGCUCAAUUUUACCGUCGUCAUUCACGAGUUGAUUCUCCCGAUACUUGACGAUGCGAAUUAUGUUUCUGCUAAGAAUAGGAAGAAGAAUACGAAUAACAGCGAUGAAAACGAGAUACCGAAGAUUCAAACGACGAACGCGUUGAGAGCUAUCGCGUGGUACCGAGGGAAUAAGAAAUCAGGGGUGACGAGAAGUAUCGUCGCGAAACCUUAUUCUUACGGAAAGCCAGUUGAUGGUGCCAACGCUUCUUUCGAGGAGGAGGAGGAGCAAGUGCUGGAAAAACACGACUUCGAAAACGAAUCGUUCCAAUUCGAGGCGACGAUGACGGGAAACAAAAAGAAAUCCUUACGAUUUUUAAUACUCGAAGCGAACAAGAACGAAGCGGAAGCACCGAAAGAAGGGGUGAAGAAAGUGGCGGGGAUGCACGUCGGGACGGUGGAUUGCGAUUUGAGCAAUUUUCUGAAACCGGAACGACGAGGCGGGAGGAUGGGCGCGAAGGUGACCGUAGAGGUUGAGUUGGAGCAGAAUUUUCUGAAAGGGAAAGGGAAGAGCGUUUUGAACUAUUCGAAGACGCCGAGAGGUGGGAGAGCGAGACUGACGAUGACGAUUCGACACGAUAGGGAAGAUUCGACGGAAGGGAGCGCCUUCGCCGCGGCGGCGGAAGGAGGCUCGGAGAGUAUUAGCAACAAUCGGUUCUCGAGAAUAAAACAAGAACAUCAAGCAGCCAGCACUAGUCGUGAGAAUACCCUGAACAGCAACAAUAAUAGCACUGAUGGUAGUAGUGGAGACCAAGAUAAUCGACCGAUAUCCACAUUUUCCGUGGCUGAUGUCGUGAAACCUGGGCAGCGACCUGUUGGAAACGUCUCUGCAAAUCGCAUGCCACUCGCGAAAGCAUCGUCAUCCUUACACGCGUCGCGAUUUGGCGCUGGUGGGGCUGCAGGGAUUGUUGCCAACACUGCGAGACCAGCAAUGUCUAGCGAGAACGACGCGAUGAUGAUGGAUGCGUCCAAAUCUACCGCUAAGAUGUUUGCCCGAAAUCGAUUCGAGAAUGUACCAUCAAACGCUCACGAGCAACUGCAAGCGGAUGAAGCCGAUGAGGAUGGAGAAUGGAACCCGUUUUCAAGUAAGCACGAACAUCAGAAACAUCAACAACCGAAAGAAGAAAGAGAAAGAACCGAAGAGGAAGAUUGGAACCCGUUUGCGCGACGCGGAAACGGCGUGUCGACCGGCAACUUGGGCGCAUCGAUAAGCGCGGCGGAUAAAAGCGAGACGCCUCGCAUGGGCAAUUCGAAUGCGCAAGACAAUACUUACAAAAAUAAUGAUAACAAGGAAGUCGAUAGCGACGGCUUUCUCCUCGAUUCGGAUUUAGAAACAGAAGAUGAUGAUGAAUUCGAUACUGACGAAGAUAAUGAGGAAGAAGAAGAAGAAGAAUUCGAUGACAUCGACGAUGCGCUCACGCAUCGCACUUUUCAAAACGACGAGACGUAUGACGAUGACGAUGAUCGAUGCACAACGCCGCCUCUUACGCCUGGACCUACGCGACCGCCACCGACGCCACCGCACAGAAAGACUUCGUACGCGGGAAGCUCUGUCGAUCACCGCUCUGAGUUACGAGAUCGCGAGGACUUCGCAUCGCACGGCGUUCCUAACGCCGCGGGUGGUCCGAUGUUUGUGGACAAGUCUCCUGAAUUUAGGAGACGGUCGUUGAAGUUUCGCACGGAUAAGCAGUUGUUUGCAGACGAUGUUCUCGAAUCGAAAGGCUCGCCACCGUUUCGAAACGCGCGCACGAAUAGUUUGUUAGUGGACGUCUCCUUGGAUAGUAAUGGAAACGAUUUGCGCGGACGAUCUUUGAACAAUUCCAUGGAUCGAUCCAGAGGCGAUUUUGAUUGGAGCAGCAUACCCAUGCCGCAAGCCGCAGCGGAAAGUUUAUUGUUGCAGUCGCAGAGACAAAACAAUAUCAACAACGCUACUUCUCACACGGCGCGAAGUGAUGCGCCUUCAUCGCCGACGAAAAAUUCUGAACUCUCCAUGGUUGAGCGCAUUUCACAAGAUUGGGAUUUGGAGUACCGCGCGGGUAUUCGUGUGAGUUCUGACGGCAAUCGCUCCGAAGGCGUUCGCUCGUCUCUCAUGAACGCGGGAAGUCAAAAAACCACUCGCACGUCGAUCGAUCAUAAGAGCACCGCACAACAACUAGAACAAGAAUUGGAAGUGGUCAAAACGAGAUACGAGCACGAAAUUUCCGAACUCAAAGACGACCUCUCCGAAGAGCAACAAAAGAACCAGAGAAUAUCCGAGCAGCUCGAACGCGCGAAGAAGAGCUUGGACGAAACAAAGUUAGAACUCGGAGCAACGCAAGUUUCUCACGCCAGAUUGGAAGAGGAAAACGAAAAGUUGAAGAAUCUCGCGCAGACUUUGAAGCAAAACGUUGCCGCCGCGCAAAGCAGACGAAGCAACGACGAGAGCGCCGAUAUCGCCGCGGCGCAAAGUUCUUUAAAAGUUGCAUCGUUAGAGCGAGAUGAGGCGAGAAAUGAAAUAAAUCAGUUACGACAAGUCAUCGAAACGUUGAGAACGGAUUUAAGCAACGAAAAAGCGAGAACGUCGUUAGAAUUUGCCAUGCGCAAGUCAUCGUUGGGUGACGACCAAUCUGAUGUCAUCAUGGGAGAAGCCAGGCACGCGUACUCUUCGACGAGCGGGAACGAUUCAGAUGGGGAUAUGAUUCCACCGUGGGCAAAAAGAAGCGCGACUGUCGUCACAAAGUUUGACCGCCUUAAAUCAACCAGGGCGAUCGUGGACGAAGACUCGACGGAUGAUGAGGAAACGGACGAGGAAGAGGUUGAGGACGAUAACGAUUUGAAAGCGAAAGUAGUUUCUCAUGAUGAACAAGGAGAAGGAUUGGACCAUCAUCACACAUUGACAAGGACGAAGACGACGACGACGACUGUAACGGAGUACGGCGCGCUCAUUGAAGCCGCGCUCGUUCGAACGCCGCAAACGACGGAGAAUUUCGUCGUCGCCAAAGCGUUAUUUGCGUAUGCCUUUCAAGACGAUGAAGCGUCAAGAGACGAGAGAUGUUAUCGCGUCCUCGAUGCAUUCAGUGGAUGUAUUCGAGGGUACGCGUUCGAUGAACCAAAGCAGCUCGUUGCAAUCUGGGUGCAAAUUGCCGCCUUUGCGAGAGGUUUGAAAUCGAAGGGUAAUACUCUAUCCACGGCUUGGGAAGAUGCCAGGAAAUUGAGAGACGAAACGUUCACGUUUGCAUUUGAAGCCGUGUGGCGCCGCGCGAUAUAUCCAUCCAUCAUAUGCACGAGCGACGACGAGUGUGCGGCGGAAUCUUUGGAGAAACGAAACGAACUGAAAGGUGACGGCGAACGCGUUGGGCGCGUCUACGUUCGCGCUUUAGAUCGCGCUGCGAUUCUUCUAGGUGUCAACGAAACUGCGAACCAAGCGCCCGGCUUGGCCGUCGCCAACGCGGCCAUCUUACGAGCGAUACUUUCUCGGUUAGAUAACGCAUUAGUUGGAACCGUUUUAUCGAUGGAGGAUAAUACUAGCGAUAUCGUCGAUCACAUCGAAGAUAUUGCUAAUCUUGUCCCGGGAGAAGGCGUCGUGAGCUUCUCCGCCGGAGCUCACUUGAAACAGUGCGUCUCGCUCGUCUCUCGAUGGUCGGAAUCCAUAGGCGGCAUGUCAACCUCCAACAACGCAACACCAUUCGUCGCGCUUUCAAACAGUCGAUGCUUAGCGGACGCAAUGAUGGUCCCAAGAGUCAACUUAAUGGAUGAAUCAGUCCGCUCGGGCAUCCAAGGUCAACUCACGAACGUCAUGAUUAGCAAAAUUCUCGAAAAACGAGUCAAGUGCGAAUUGGACGACGACCGCGUGGACCCGAACACGGCUGCCGCCAUCGCCGAGUGCGUCAUUCGCUUGAGCAAAGAAGACGCAGAAGAGGCAUCAAAGAAGACAAAAACACCAACAACAAUAAACGCCUCUUCCUUCUUAGACUUUAACGCGGACAAAAUUGGUGCCGAUCAAGUCUGGGACGAGCGUCAGUUUCUCGACAACGAAUCCCGAGACGCGCUCGAGCGCGCCAAGGCGUCCUCCUUCCCGCAGUUUGCCGAUCGUUGGGAACAUCACCCUCGACAACAACAGAAAGAAGAAGAACAAAAUAUGUAA